GCAAUGCCAGCGCUUGCAAGCAGCUAGUUGUCGGAGGGGGAGGGGGAGAAGGGGCUAUAUAUAUUGCACAUGGCAGGCUAAGAGGCUGCGGCUGACGAGCACGGGGGAGUCGCUGCUUCCGCUGCUAAUGUGCCGUACAUAUAUAUCUAUAUAAUUCCAAAAAAGAAACUCACAUUCAUAACGGGGGGGUGGGGCAGGAAGAGAGGGCGAGCCCAGGCAUCGUUCUCAGCCAUCCACCCACCUCCCUGCCCACCCUCUCCAGCUCCCAGGCGCCUUGGAAACGGCAUUUGCGCGGCUCGCAGGGGGCUGGUUCAAAUCCAGGCGAGGGACUGAGCGCCUGUAGAGCCCAGCUCGGAUGCUGUUGCGGCUGGCGGGCAGGCAGGCAGACAUCUGUCGCCGGAUCGUCCUGAGAAGGAAGGCAGAAGAACUUUGAGCCAGCCGGCGGCGACGGAUCCGCUCUGGGUCCCGGCAGCUGUUGAGGCAGGGAGGGGUCCUCGAAGGAUCGCUGGAUCGCUACCUCUGGAUAUCUAUUGCUUUGGGACGGAGGAAAAAGGGAGGGACCCCGAUUUGCCAGCCUGGGAAACAGAAGCACCGCUAGACUCCGCAUGGGACCCUAACGCUCGGGAAUUAAGAGAUUUUUCCUUUCUUCCUUUUUUACAAUCACAAUCCAGGAGGCAUCACAUGGAGGCAGCCAAACCCCCGGGAGCUGCUGCUGCCCCCCAGCCGGCCGCUUGGAUCUCCGUCCCCGCGGCCCCGCCUUGCGCCCGCCUGCCCGGAUCUGCCGCUUUCCCCGGACCUUGAGCCCCGGCCGCUCGGCCCCCUCCCCCGGCGCCCCCACCUCGGCACGUGCCGGCUCUGACUCUGGGGGGCAGCUGCCGGCCGCGGCCCCCUCCCUGCCCACGUGCGGGACCCUGCUCCGGGGGCUCGGCAGCCUCCUCCCCUUCCCCUCGCGCCUGAUCGUGCGCCCGGGCGCCUGGCCGCCUCCUCCAGCCCCUGCCGCCGCUCGCCGCCUUCUCCUUCGCCGGUGGAUGCCGCCGGGAAGCGGGCGGAGCGCGCAGCCGGGGAGGGGGGCUGCCGCGGCCGCCGGAGUACAUGCCAGUGCCCUCUCCUCCUCCGCCUCCUCCUCCUCCUCCUGCGCUUCUUCUCCUCCGCCUCCUCCUCCUCCUGCUCCUCACCAGAAUGCUUUACUUCCAGAUGGUGAUCAUGGCAGGGACUGUGAUGCUGGCUUAUUACUUCGAGUACACGGACACCUUCGCGGUCAACGUGCAGGGCUUCUUCUGCUACGAGAGCGCCUAUCGCAAGCCUUACCCGGGGCCGGAGGAGAGCAGCGCCGUGCCCCCAGUGCUCCUCUACUCCUUGGCGGCGGGGGUGCCCGUUUUGGUGAUAAUUGUCGGAGAAACUGCCGUGUUUUGCCUACAAAUGGCCACGCGGGAUUUUGAAAACCAAGAAAAAACCAUCUUAACCGGAGACUGUUGCUAUAUAAAUCCACUCAUGCGCAGGACUGUCAGAUUCCUUGGUAUUUACACAUUUGGACUUUUUGCAACAGAUAUAUUUGUAAAUGCAGGACAAGUAGUAACUGGGAACCUUGCACCACAUUUUCUUGCACUUUGUAAACCCAACUACACUGCUCUUGGAUGUCAGCAGUUCACUCAGUUCAUCAGCAGUGCAGAAGUGUGCUCUGGAAACCCAGAUCUUAUAAUGAAAGCCAGAAAAACAUUUCCAUCCAAAGAUGCAGCUCUGAGCAUAUAUGCAGCGACAUAUUUGGCCAUGUAUAUCACCAACACAAUAAAAUCCAGGGGAACAAGGCUAGCAAAACCAGUCCUUUGUUUGGGCUUAAUGUGUGUGGCCUUUCUUACUGGUAUCAACAGAGUAGCAGAAUAUCGAAAUCAUUGGUCGGACGUGAUAGCAGGAUUUCUAGUUGGCAUUUCUAUAGCAGUGUUUUUGGUUGUGUGUGUGGUAAAUAAUUUUAGAGGUAGACAACCGGAAAAUGAACAUUCUCACAUGGACAAUCUGGCCCAGAUGCCUAUGAUCAGUAUCCCACGGGUAGAAAGUCCUUUAGAAAAGAACCACAUCACGGCCUUUGCGGAAGUCACAUGAUGUUGAAGCUGAUGUCUAUUCGCUGCACUGGACGUCGUCUCUUUUCACAGUUCACUCAUAAUAACUGAAACAUUUUGAAUAGAAGAGAAAAUAAAACUUUGUCUGCUUUUAAGACCUGAUUUAGCCACAUUAAAAUUUACUUCACCCUAUGAAGAAUCUGCCUGAAACGUCAAAAAAGUAUUUUUUAAAAAAGUAUUGCACCAUUUGGGUUGAAAUGGUGGGGGGAAAGAGUAUACCUGAGCAAGUUAUAUAAAUAUACCAGUUUUCUUCUCUGGGUACAUUUAUUAUUUUUUACUUAAUCACGUACAUAUCUGGUAGUUCACUGAUACAUCUAAUUGAGUUGGAAUUCUCAUUUUUUUAAAAAAAAAUACCGCAUGACACUUGUUUCCAUUCUGACAGAUUUCAGUGUACACAUUUUUCUAAACACAUCCUGUACUAAAAUGCCAUUUGCACUUCAUAUUAUACUGUAUUUCACAUACCACGUUUCUAUCUUAAGACUGGUGCUUCUGCUUUUGAAGAAAAACAAUGCCAAUUUUUACUGUAAUUAGUAUUGUAUGAUAAUUUUAAAAUGUAUUUAUUUGGCUAUUUUCCUGACUUCAUGUGGUUGAAUAGUUGAUUUUGUAGUUCUUGACUGUCUUCAAUGUGCCCCGUAGUUAGGAUUAGAAAUGAGAACAUUGUUGGCAUUGGGAUAUUCUAUGUUUUUUCUAGUAAUUAACAAUCCUUGCUGAAGGUUAAUGGCUCCAUUCUUAGGCCUGGCAUAUAUGUGUAUUUUCAAGUAAUGUGACUGCUGUCCACUGAUAGUUCUUGAAAGCUAAUGUGACGUAGCCAAAGACACAUUUCCAAAAGUGAUCUUAGAAUUUUAUUCAGCGUGCUUCCCAUGCCAAGGGACCAGAGCAUAGACUCUAUACCUAGGCUCCCCACCACUCUAAUUAAGAUCUCUCCCCAGCCCUUGUGUUGAAGUAGCAUCUACCUUAGAGACUAUCAGUGCCAUCCUAAUCAGAAUUAUACCUUUCUAAGUACAGUAACUUAAGUGGACUUGUAGAGGUCCAGCUCUGCUUGAGAUUGCAUUGUGAGAGUCUGAAUUAGAAAGGAAAUCUGCGGGUUUUUUUGCGGGGGGUGCUGUUGAAAGAAAGGGCUAGAAAGGGAGCUGGCCAUCACAGGCUCAUUGUGUUCCAUCUUAAAGAUGAUCAGGAGAGUGGGUCAGUACUCCAGUAACUGAUAACAUUGUUGCACCAGACAUGGGAUCUAUAGCAAGCAGUCCUCGGGUUUUUCUGCAUUUUAUUUCUGUUGUUUGUGUGCCUGUACUGCAUUGGGGGGCGGGGAUUUUUGGCAUGUGUUUUGCAAGCACUUUUAAAGUGUUUGUAAGAAAACCUUGGAGAAAUAACUAGAAAAUAUCGAAACGAUGACUGGGGGGAGCAAAACACAUAUGGAAAAUGAAAAAAACCAACACAGUAUAGGCACACAACCAACAAAUUAAUGUAUGAGGGGGGAAAGCCUUUGUCUUCUGUUUUCCCAGAAGUGAAAUAGAGCCAUUCUGCUGUUACCUGCUUGCUUCACGCAGGAUUUCUUGAUAGGUAAGGCAGUGCAAAUCUCUAUCCUGAAGCAAAAUCAAUCAUGAACAACUGUCCAGUUUUGUAGUAAUAUAACCCCGGUGACCUCUAACUGUCCAAAGAGCCCCAUCCAAAGGGGGGUGCAAAUCCACUCUUGGGGGCAGUGUGCCACCCAAUUGGCAGAUUCACCUUCCCCAGAGCACUUGCCCUGGCAGAGUGGCGAUCCUGCCAGCAUAUUUUGCCUUGGAUGCGAUCCUGCCACCUCUCCCCCCUCCCCCAUCACAUAAAACGCGGUGCUAAAUGCUGUGCCAGCAUCCCAGGACCCCUUCUACAACAACGGCUGUAGUGGAGGCAUGGCCAGCAGUUCCCUUCCAGCCUUUGCCAAUGUUGUGCUGGCAGGCCACAUUUGAGAAUUAAGCCACCGAAACAGUGGCAUAGGUCUGCUGCAGCCCACAGAAGCUUCUCAGCAGUGUGGGGGGCGGCGGCUUUUCGAGCCUCCCCCUACUGCUGGGAAGUCUUUUUGAGAGUGGCAGCCAGGCAUGACCAGGCACCUAGCUCUUGGAUGGGGCUGAAAGUCAGUGCAAGUUUUUAGUGAGAGGCAAGUAGUUCUUCUAAUCCAGGAGUCCCCAACAUCCACAGGCUCAAAAAGGUUUGGGACCCUGUUUUAAUCUGUAGUGAAACCAUAUUGUGUAGCUGUGGUGUUCAAUGUGAUGAGAAUCAGAUCUCCUUCUCUUGCACUCCAUUAGCCUGAUAUUUUCCUCUUAUCUUUUUUCAAACAAUAAUGGUAGUACCACUGGGGAAAUCUGCCUCUGAGAUCAAGAGGUGAUCUAGUUGCAGGUCAUAUUAGUUUUAGUUUUGUAGAGCACUAAUUACCACUCUUACUAAGGCAAAUAUCCUGAUAUGGAUUUGGGGCAGUCUUCUUAGUCUGUCGAUUUAUGGAGCAUUAUCCCUGGCCAAGCCAAGCCAAGCUUUAUUUUGACCCACAGUGUGAGCAUCAUCUUUCCUAUUUGCUUAAGCCACUCUUACAAAUUGGAUUAGGACUCUAACUUAAUGUUCUUUUCACAUUACCUUUCAAACAUCAUGGCAGCCAGAAUCAAGCUGAGUCAUAUUAUAGCCUGACACUGUAUGCCAGGAAUGUGUCUGUGUGUUUGUGUGUCCUGAUUUUAUUUUAUUUUGCCUUGGAUGUCACCUGUAAUGGUGACGGGCAUUUUUAAAAGAUUAAUAAAAGAUAUUCUUUAAAAAGACUAAUGAAAGAUAUUACCUAAAAGGGGGCAAGAAGUUUAACCAAAGUACUGUCAUCCUUCCAAUUAUUUAUUGUCUAUCUCAGGAAAAAAAUUUUCUGAUUUGUGAGGAAAGCAUGCAACAAGAGAAUAGGAGGAUACGCUGGACUAGUAGGUCUGCAAUUGUCCUUAUGUUCACAAAUGACUUAACUGCAUGGAUUGAGCAUCAAAUUUAAGACAGCUGCAAUAUUGUAUGACAAAAACUAUUGAUGGCCUAAUAGCACCUGACCAUCUGAGAGGUGACAGGUAUGCCUAAUUUUCAAAUGUAGUAUGCAAACUACAGCAUAUCUUGAGUAUUAUCCAGCUAAAAUUAAGCACUUUCAAAUUCUGUUGAUUAAUUCUGCCCCCUCCUGAAAUCAGUGGGAUAUGAAACUGCUUAGAUUCUUAAGAUCAUCUCCUUCUUUUCAUUUAUCACAUGCUGAGGCUCUACUAUUGAAAUGACAAUCUGCUUUUCCUAUGCUGCUGAAAUUAAACUUUGUAGAGCCCCACUACAGACAGAAAUACAAGAAAGAAUGCCACUUGUAUAAUGUAGGGUUAUUUGCAUGUUACCUGUUGCAGUUUCUUUGACAAUAGGGGAUAAAACAGCUAUAGUGUUAAUAGAAUACAUAUAUACAUUUCUUCCUAAUGUGACUAAAAGCAAUUAUUCUUAUGUGAUAUCUCAGUUUUACUACCUUCACUCAGCUCAGCACAGCAAGAUGAUAUCCUGAUCAAUAACAAGGCUGAGCUAUAACUUCAGUAGAAUCAAGUGAUGUUACUCAGAUUCGACUUGGCUGUUAAAAGACUACAUGUGAAGACAGAGGCGUAGUUAGGGAAAAUGGAGCUCUGGGCAAAAUCUGAGUUUUCUGCCCCCCCAUAUGGGCGGCCACCCACCCCCCCAACAACAAAAGAAUGUUUUUUUGCACCAGGUCAUCUCAAAGUCACCA